UAUAUUCAGUAGCACUUCCCUGGGGGCUAUGGCUUCAUAUAUGAUAGUCAUCAAAAAUGUUAACAAAAAUUUGGCCCCGUCAUUUCUAUAGCAAAAAAAACACCAAAUUUCACGUUCAAUUUAACUCGAGCUGUAACCCGGGCUUAAGUUGAACUGUUGAAAAGUUCUCCCCGCGCUGCACUGCCAUCUGGUGGGCAAUCGUGGGCUAGCUUUACCGGGAAAGCUUUAGAGCUUUCGAUGGUGAAUUCGAUUCCCGCUGUGCAAACUUGCACAGCGAGACGGGCCGAUCUUUCAACAAAGGCUUGAUGAAAUAGCUAUUUUGGGCCACACUGCUGCUAUUGGACCACAAAAUAUUCGUCGGAAAUAGUUUGAAAUAUAUCCACCGCAAUUGCUACCUCUGCCAAACUACAUUUUUCCGCACCUCGAUGGAAACAAUCGCCUAACGUCGCUUUCCGGGCGACCGAAUAGAGCGACCACCGUGGCGAGUCGCUAGUUGUGUGAGUGUGUGUGUGUGCGUUUGUAUACGCUUACGGCAGCGAGGCGCAACGAAUCGUGUGUACAGACUGCACAGCGAGCGGCCAACAAUUGCUUCCCGUCCGUGCUACCAGCAAGGCGUGUGCGUGUGUAUACUGCGAUCCGCGUGUGUCAUUCCCCAAAGUUGAUAGGUGGUGUGUGUGUGUGUGUAUUGUAGAAGCGGGUGCAGUGCGUACGCGAUUUUGACGCGUAAUUUUCCAGCAGGAACUAGCAGCGGCAACAGCUUUUACACUGUUUUAUCCCGACCCCGGAAGAUACCCUCCCGCAAGGAAGGGGCUCGUGGGCUCAGCCAAGCAGGAAGCGAAAGACCCGAGAGCGGUGGCCACCAGCAGCAGCCAGCUUCCCCCGCAACGCAUUCCGAUCAACCCACCAGCCGGCAGUAACCGCAAUAACUGUUGCUUCGCCACAGCCGCCGCCCCGACACCACCAUGCAGGACGAGCAGCAGCAGCAGCAGGACGGAGGCAAGGGAGCGACGGUGGGCGGGUCUCUGCUGUCCGACAUUGUGAACGAGAUCGUCAGCAGCCCGGUGAACCUCGCCCUGGUCUGCAUCAUCUCGUUUCUGCUGUACAAGAUGAGCAAGACACGCCAGCCGCUGGCCACGCUGCCGCCGCCGCCGCCCGAGCUGCCCCGGCUCCGGCGCGACUUUACGCUGGCCGAGCUGAAGCAGUACGACGGCACGCAGCCGGACGGCCGGGUGCUGACCGCCGUCAACGGCAACGUGUACGACGUGACGAAGGGCAAGGCUUUCUACGGGCCAGCCCGAAAGCGGUGGCCACCAGCAGCAGCCAGCUUCCCCCGCAACGCAUUCCGAUCAACCCACCAGCCGGCAGUAACCGCAAUAACUGUUGCUUCGCCACAGCCGAAGCCCCGACACCACCAUGCAGGACGAGCAGCAGCAGCAGCAGGACGGAGGCGAGGGAGCGACGGUGGGCGGGUCUCUGCUGUCCGACAUCGUGUACGAGAUCGUCAGCAGCCCGGUGAACCUCGCCCUGGUCUGCAUCAUCUCGUUUCUGCUGUACAAGAUCAGCAAGACACGCCAGCCGCCGGCCACGCUGCCGCCGCCGCCGCCCGAGCUGCCAAGGCUCCGGCGCGACUUUACGCUGGCCGAGCUGAAGCAGUACGACGGCACGCAGCCGGACGGCCGGGUGCUGACCGCCGUCAACGGCAACGUGUACGACGUGACGAAGGGCAAGGCUUUCUACGGGCCAGGGGGCACAUACGCAGCGUUCGGCGGGCGGGAUGCAUCCCGCGGGCUGGCCACAUUCCAAAUCACCAGCUCGGUCAGCGACGAGUACGACGACCUGAGCGAUCUCAACUCGCACGAGAUGGAAUCGAUGCGCGAGUGGGAGAUGCAGUUCAAGGAAAAGUAUUAUCUCGUUGGGCGGCUGCUGAAGCCGGGCGAGAAGCCGACCAACUACUCCGACGAGGACGAGGACACACCGACCGACGGUUCGGACGUGCGGAAGCGGGCAGCCGCUGCUGCCACCGCUGCGAAAUCGGCGGACGAACCGGCCCGGGCAGAAGCAGCAAAGUCCGGUUCGACUAGCAGCAGCAGCAGCACCGGCGCCACCGCCUCCGAGAGCCAAGGUGAUGCGGCCGAGGCCGACAAGGCGAAGAGCGAGU